AAUGCUCACUAACAGGAAUGUAAACAAAUUUGUGCACAAAAUUUGAGAUUAGGCUUUUUGUGUGUAUGGAAAAUGUAUGGGAUCUUAUAUUUCAGCUCAUGAAACAUUGGACCAACACAGUUUAUAUUUUUGUUCAGUGUAGUUUAAUCAGGUGUGACAGUUCAAGUCUAGAACAAAUAAAUGCACAUUCUGUCUCCGGUCCCAUGAUCAGGUUGGUAGAGUACUGGAAUAGAAUAACCUUUUAUCCUCAACUAAUGACUUGCUAAAAUUGCAAUAUCAUUAGCUAGACACUACCCUAGUUCUAUAAUUGGCAGGUACUACCUGGAGGGCUGUAAGGCUAUGGUAUUCGUGGUGGACAGUAGUGACCGGGCCAGUAUAGGGGACGCUCAGAAGGCUCUGAAGAAUGUCCCGUCCGACGACAACAUGAAGGGAAUACCUCUGAUGGUGCUGGCUAACAAGAAGGACCUCCCCAACACCAUGAACAUCAGAGAGGUGUCCAACCAGCUGGAGCUGCCCAGCUACAAAGACCGAGCCUGGCAGAUCCAGGCAUGCAGCGGCCUGAAGGGAAUGGGGCUCCAGCAAGCCUUCCUCUCUGUGGCCAAACUCAUCAAGAAGAGCUGAGAGGAGACACGUCAGUGGAGAUAUCACUGUGUGAGACACUUGCCAAGUCGGAGAUACUGACACUAUAGUGCACUACCUAAAACUAGAACAAUAUGAAAGUACCUCAGAAGUAGUGCACUAUAAAGGGAAUAGGGUGCCAUUUGAAAUGCAGAUUAUAACGGAACAAUGAUUGUGGAAGAGCCAGGAUUCUCAAUCCAAUGAUGAACUAAGCGCAGGAUCCAUAUUUGGGCAUUUUGAUUGUGCUAUCAACAUGGUUGAGAUUUAACACUUAACAUCACAGCAGUUAAAUGUGCCUGCUAAGGGAGACUGGAGAGUAUUGUUACCCUGUGGAGAUGUGGGGAAAGAUGGCUAGGGAAACUAAUAUUUUGUUUGCAGAUACAUAACUUUAUAUUAAUGAUAAACUAAUAAAACAUGCUAAACCUAA